AUGGAAUCACUUGUCAUUCCUGGAAGUGAACCUCCCACCGAAGCUACUACAUCAGCUGCCAAGGCCAAAUUAAUGGGACCUCAAGAACUCCUCGAAUUUGAGGACUUUUCAACAAAACCACCCGAAGAAUUGUUAAGAAGAUCCGGUCGUAUUGCUAAUACAUCUUCUCCACCUCCUACCAAAAAAUGGAAGACUACCCCUAGUAAGAAAUCCAUUCCAGCAGAAAUGGCUAACAAAGACAAAGAUGUCAUACCACCAAAGCUAUCAAAAAUGCCUGUUUCCACUACUUUGCCCAUGGUUGACCGAAAGUUGAAGCGACUAGUGAAUAAAAUCGAUUCAAAUCAUAGUGAUCUCUUGAAAGCUAUUGAGAAUAUAGUGCACCACAUGACUGGCACAUCAUUUUCAAUUCAAAAAGAUGAUUUUGGUCAACCAUUACAUGUGGUGGAAGAACAACAAGCACCUAUUGUAUUGGAGGAGUACAAUGAUCCAAAUAAAUCUGAUUUCCCCACAGAACAUGACCAAUCUUAUGGCCAUAAAGAUAUUCAGGCAGCAGAACCAUCCAAGAUAAUACAAGACAUGGAUGAUGUAUCAGAAUAUCACAUGGUAUCAGAUACUGCAGAAUCUCUUGAACAACAUGUUGCUAAUGAUACAUUAAAGGAUAAUGCAUCAGAAAAAUCAAAUUAUGCCAUGAAAGAUGCAAGAGAGGUUGUUGAUAAUACUGAUCAAGUUGAAGAACAUGUUGAGCAGAUUGAUAAAGACAAAAUCAACCCUGAUUUAUUGGAUUCCACAACUUUAACUUCGAUAUCGUUUGAAACUCGAGAGGUGGUAGAUUCUCUAAUAUACGGACUUUCAUUAUCGGCUACGCUAUUGACUUCCAUUAGUCAUGAACAAGCAGUUCAGGCUGAAUGUCUACUACGUGAUAGCCAGCUGUCUACCACUCUUCCAUCCAAACCCAAUGUGUUGCAAGAUGAUGUGAAGACACCUCUUUCACGAAGUAGGAUGCCUUCUAAGAUGUUACAAUCACCGUACCUAACAAAUUUUGGGUUGAGUAAAAAGGUGGCAUUUUCUCAAGAUAAGAACUGGUUCUACCUCAUGUCAAAGCCGAAUAGAUGCUGCAAUGAUGAGCAUUUCGAUGUAAUAUUUUACUACCUUCGGAAGAAGUCCAAGAUGCAGUUGGUCAAUCAGUAUAGACACACAACAACAAAUUAUAUCUUCAAAGUUUACAUCAAAUCUGCACAGACACGAUACUAUCACAUUCCACCUGAUAUUUUUACCCAAAAAGAUAUGACACGGGCCUUUGUUGUAGCUCAUCACGAGAGAUCUGUGAAGAACAUAAUAAGAGGUUUCUCAAUCCCCACCGAUUUGAUAUGGCAUUUGGUAGAUGAGGUAUACAUUUUGUUAAACUAUGAUAGGGAUUCUCAUUGGAUUUUGACAGUAGUUGUGUUGAAACAGAGGUUGAUACGCGUUUAUGAUUCAUCCUCUGGAAUAAGAAGUAGAAACCCUUCCCUAGAAAUUGAAAAGAUAGUAGUAAUGCUACCUACAUACUUUCACGGUAGUGAUUUUUUGAGAAGAAUGAACGUACUGAUUGGUCAUCACUUGAUUCAUACAAGGACAAAUCAACCGAUGACAUGCUUGAAGCACAUUACCCUUUUGAAGUUGAAUAUAUUGAAGGCAUUGUGCAAUAAAAAAGCGAUAGCUUAUGAGUAUUAA